AUGAUAGUUAAAUUAUUAAAGUUUCUGUUCGUUUGUGGAUGUGUGAAUAGUUUUCCCGAUGGAGCGCCAGUUGACGCGUGUGUCAAGGAUCGAGCGAACCAACCCAAUCAUGGACAACACCGGUCCCAACCAUUAAACACAUUGCCUUAUAAAGUGAUAGCAUCUUCUGCUCAUUUUGAACCGAACACUAAGAUCACGGUUACAAUAGAAGGCGCGGAACCGUUCAAAGGUUUCUUUAUCCAGGCUCGUUCAGCAGAUGACAAUCACUGGACUGGUUCCUGGGAGGAAUCUCCUAACACUACGCUGAUUCCAGAAUGUUCUGCUAUCACUCACGCAGAUCCGCGGGAAAAAAUUAGAGCGACCCUUAUUUGGACGGCGCCAGCGUCACAUGGCACUGUUUAUUUCACUGGUACAGUUUUGAAAGACUACGGCACAUUCUGGGCGAAUAUAGUAGCGGAGACACCUCACGACACGGGACUACAGAUACUCAUAUAA